AUGGUUCGUAUGAGCGUUUUGGCUGAUGCACUAAAAAGUAUAAAUAAUGCAGAAAAAAGGGGGAAGCGACAGGUCUUAAUUAGGCCUUGCUCAAAGGUAAUUGUCAAAUUUUUAACGGUGAUGAUGAAAGCCGGCUAUAUUGGUGAAUUUGAAAUCAUUGAUGAUCAUCGGGCUGGGAAAAUUGUUGUUAAUUUAACUGGACGUAUCAAUAAAUGUUCAGUUAUUAGUCCACGGUUCGAUAUAUGCUUACGGGAUUUGGAAAAGUGGACUAGUAAUUUAUUACCCUCCCGGCAGUUUGGUCACCUUGUUUUAACUACAUCAGGUGGUAUAAUGGACCAUGAAGAAGCGAGGCGUAAGCAUCUUGGUGGGAAAAUUCUUGGAUUUUUCUUUUGA